GGUUAGUGUUUCAAUCAUUACUGGUCCGUCAACACCACCUGGUAUAGACCAAGAUGGAUGACAAGACUUCCAUCAAAUCCGGCAGCGUCGCCAUGGCAGGGGCAGCGGCGGCGUCCUCCCAGAAGGGGCUGAGCAUGGGGAUGACAGGCUUCUUCCUCAUCGCUCAAAUGGCUGGGGCUGGAUUCCUUGCUCUACCCCGCGGACUGGCUGACACAGGCUGGUUGGGCAUAGGCAUGAUGGUUAUCUUCUGCGUGAGCGUGGCCUUCGUCGGGACGCGCCUCGGCCGCUGCUGGAUCAUCCUGGAGGAGCGAUGGCCGGAGCAGUACAAGUCGAAUGUGAGGCAGCCUUAUAUGGACAUUGCCGAGCGGUCCAUGGGGCCGACGGGCAGGAAGAUCACGCUCUGGUCCGUCAUCCUGAACCUCUACGGCAGCACCACGGUCCACAUGAUCCUGAUAUCCGAGAUGCUGGCGGCCGUGGUACAGCAGCAGACGGGGGAGUGCGUGUUGACCAAAUGCCACGUCAUUAUCAUCGUCGGGGUGUGUCUCAUCCCCCUCACGUGGCUAGGAUCCCCCAAGGACUUCUGGCAGGGGUCCAUUCUUGCGGUAGUGGCGACGAUCGUGGCGGUGGUCGUGAUAGUCAUUGAGAUCUUCGUGAACGGCGAGGACAUCGAGACGCCGUCCUACCCAAACCCUACCGUCGCCUCCUUCUCGCUGGGCUUCGGCGCCAUCCUCUUCGCCUUCGGAGGAGCCGCGGUGUUCCCGACCAUCCAGAACGACAUGGCGGACCGAUCACAGUUUUGGAAGAGUAUCAUUCUCGGCUUCAGUGGUAUCCUCUCGCUCUACAUGCCCGUUGCGCUGGUCGGGUACAUCAAGAUCGGCGACGCUGUGAAGAGUAACAUUCUCCUGAGCGUGGAUAUGACGAACGCGGUGCUGGUGGCUAUAUGCAUGGAGAUUGUCAACCUUUUGUGCACCUUCGUCAUCAGUUCGAACCCCGUGCACCAGUCUAUUGAGGAGCUGUUCCAUGUGCCUAACAAAUUCGGGCCCAAGCGAGUCCUGGUGCGGUCAAGCCUGGUCGCGGUGCAGAUACUGAUUGGUCUGGCGGUCCCAAAUUUCGGCACCAUUCUGAACCUGAUCGGCGGCUCCUUGAUAACGCUCUGCACCUUCAUCCUGCCCCCAGUAAUGUACAUGAAGCUGAUGGACGAUAAGAGCGAUAAGACGGGGAUUGAAAGGGUCAUUCCGCUGUGGGAGAGGGUGUACUUGUGUGAGGUGAUCGCCGUGGGACUGGUGGGAGGCGUGCUGUCAACUAUCACGGCCGUUUUUGACGUGGUUGAAGCUUCGUUUAAUAAUUCCUGUUUCACGUUCUUUAGUGUUUGUGAGGAGCUUGUGUGAUGGUGGUGGUGGUGGUGGUGGUGGUGAGGAAUGGAGGUGGUGGAGUGCAAUUGAUAGUGACAGGUGUGUGGUGUUGGUGGUAUUUAGAAGUGGUAGUGGUGAUUGUGAUAAGUACAGAAAUGGUGGUGAAAUGGUGACAUGUAUUGGUGGUGAUGGUGGUGGUGUUAUUUAAAGGUGGUGAUGAUGAUGGUGAUUGAAUGGUGUGUUUUGGUUAGGUGGUCUUGAUUGCAGGUGUGUGUGUGUGUGUGUGUGUGUGUGUGUGUGUGUGUUCAAUAGAGGAGAAACUAAAUAAAUGAAGGAGGAAAAUGAAGGAGGAAAUAUAAAAGAGGAAAAUGAAGGAGGAAAAGGAGGAAAAUUAAGGAGGAAAAUAAAGGAGGAAAUUGAUGGAGGAAAAUGAAAAAAAUAAAAAUGAUAAAAAAGAUGGCAACUGAAGGAGGAAAUAAAGGUGUAAAGAGGGGGGGAGGAAAUGAAGGAGGAAAAUGAGAGAGGAAAAUGAAGGAAGGAAAUGAAAAAAAAGAGGAAAUCAAAGAGUAAAGAGGAGGAGGAGAAUGUAGGAAAAUGAAGGAAAAAAUAGAAGGAAAAAAAAUGAAAAUGAAGAAAAAAGGAAAAUGAAGGGAAAAAAUGACGGAGAGGAAAAUGAAGGAGGAAAAUGAAGGUGUAUAGAAGAUGACGGCAUUAACCUUUACCUGUCCACUAAUUAAUAAAGGUGAGAGAGAAACGUGAGGGGUAUGUGUGUGUGUGUGUGUGUGUGUGUGUGUGUGUGUGUGUGUGUGUGUGUUUUCACAAGUACAAUAACUGAUUUACCUUUGUGUGUGUACCUGUGUAUGUAGGUGUGAGUGUGUGUGUACGUGUGUGUGUGUGUGUGUGUGUAUUAUAUAAGCAUUCUUACGUACAUGGCUCCAAACGCACAUGGAUUGAUUAUGUAUAUUCUCUCUCUCUCUCUCUCUCUCUCUCUCUCUCUCUCUCUCUCUCUCUCUAUCUAUCUAUCUAUCUAUCUAUCUAUCUAUCUAUCUGUAUAUAUGAAGUUGACUGACUAAAAAAAAUGUGUAUAUAAAAAAUGUAAUAAAAAUGUACGAUAAUUAUUUAAUGAAGUGAAAAAUGACGAGAAUAAAAGAAAUUCUGACUAUC